GUUGGCACUUGAAUUGGGUUGUGGAGAAGGUUUCGAGGUACAACAUGAGUGGAUUUACCUGAAUUUCACUUGGCCUUCAAGAGGUGAAUACCAGAAUGCAAUAGAUAUCGGUAUGAAAUUGUACAAAGAUGAUAUCUACUUGUCACUGUUAAAGGUCAGAGAUGGAACUCCCGUAACUUUAUCUACCAUCAAAAUGUAGAAGGUUAUCGUGGAUUGCAGAAAAACACGGUGUUAAAGCCGUUUCCGUCUUGAGAGAUGAACGUGCAGAAGAACUUCAAGACUCUGCAGAACUUGCAGAGCAUGGAGAUCGAUAGCAAAGGAAUUAUGUGGGUUCUGGGUUCAGAUUGUCCAGGUAAAUUGGUGCUGCUAGAUUUGAAUGAUGGUGGUAAAGUUGUAUAUUCGUACACAAUUCCGGAGGAUAUCUGCACGAGAAAGGGAUGCUGGUUGAACGACAUAAUAUUAGAGGAAAGGUUCGAAGGAUACGCUUACAUCUCGGAAGCCAGCAACUCGGAUCCGGGUCUGAUCGUUUUCUCCAGGAAGCAAGGAAAAGCCUGGAAGUUGCGCGUUUCAUCUAUGCUUGCCGACGUGAAUGUGGUGAAUUACACUGUGGGUGGAGUCCUGGUGAAUACUUGGCUGAAUGUGGAUUCGUUAGCGAUGGCUCCCGUGCCCAAGGAUCGCUCCGAGGAUCGGAAGAUCUUCUACUCUCCCCUAAGCAGUAGAUCGCUCUACUCCAUCAGCGAUCGCAUACUUAGAAAUGAGACCGUAUUCUGUGGCAUCGAGUGGAGGACGCACGUAGAGUUCUUGCUUUGCAGACCUUCCAAUAGUGAUGGCAUGAUCGUCGAUACUCGUGGUGAUCUAUACAUGGGUUAUCUCACGAAAUUCGCCAUCGCCAAGACGGUGAGCACGAGCGUCGAGAAGAUAGUCUGGCCGGAUUCAUUUGCCAUCGAUGAUGAUGGAAACCUCUACAACCUCGCUGAUUCCGUCAACCGAUUUCUCAACAACAACGGACCACUGCAGAUUCCGAAGAAACCCAUUAUCAGAAUCCUGAAGAUGCACACAGUUACCAAAAGUUACCUGCACACUGCAUUAUAAUUUUGAAAAUAAACUUAUUGAUUU